ACGAUCGCCUGCGCCCGCAGGUUCGUGGUGCGGACCAUGUGUGCGGUGCUGGGGCUCGUGGCCCGGCAGGAGGACUCGGGACUCCGGGAUCACCGCGUCCGGGUCCUCAUUUCCAACCACGUGACGCCUUUCGAUCACAACAUAGUCAACCUGCUCACCAGCUGCAGCACCCCUCUACUCAAUAGCCCCCCCAGCUUUGUGUGCUGGUCUCGGGGCUUCCUGGAGAUGGAUGGGCGGGGGGAGUUGGUGGAGUCACUCAAGAGAUUCUGUGCUUCCACGAGGCUUCCACCGACCCCUCUGCUGCUCUUCCCCGAGGAAGAGGCCACCAAUGGCCGGGAGGGGCUCCUGCGCUUCAGUUCCUGGCCAUUUUCUAUCCAGGAUGUGGUACAGCCUCUUACCCUUCGAGUCCAGAGACCCCUAGUCUCCGUGACGGUGUCAGAUGCCUCCUGGGUGUCAGAACUGUUGUGGUCACUUUUUGUCCCUUUCACGGUGUACCAAGUAAGGUGGCUCCGUCCUGUUCAUCGCCAGCUGGGGGAGGGGAAUGAGGAGUUCGCCCUCCGUGUACAACAGCUGGUGGCCAAAGAACUGGGCCAGACAGGGACACGACUCACUCCCGCAGACAAAGCAGAGCACAUGAAGCGACAAAGACAUGCCAGAUUGCACCCCCAGUCAGCCCAGUCUUCUUUUCCCCCCUCCCCUGGCCCUUCUCCUGAUGUGCAGCUGGCAACUCUGGCUCAAAGAGUCAAGGAGGUUUUACCCCAUGUGCCACUGGGCGUCAUCCAGAGAGAUCUCGCCAGGACUGGAUGUGUAGACUUGACCAUCACCAAUUUACUUGAGGGAGCUGUAGCUUUCAUACCUGAAGACAUCACUGAGGGGACCCAGGCCCUUCCCACAGCCUCUGCCCCCAAGUUCCCCAGCUCUGGCCCGGUGACCCCUCAGCCCACAGCCCUAACAUUUGCCAAGUCCUCCUGGGCCCGGCAAGAAAGCCUACAGGAGCGCAAGCAAGCACUAUAUGAAUAUGCAAGAAGGAGAUUCACAGAGAGACAGGCCCAGGAGGCUGACUGAGCACAGGAUGGCACCCAGAGCCGCAGGACGGAGACUGGGGGCAGCCCUCACCCAGCUCAACAGGCCGGAUGGGUGGGUGGUAGAAAGGGAGAGAUGGGGCUCCCCCCAGUAUCACAUUAAAUUCAGGGCUUUCACUCAA